AAAUCUUAUUUACAUUUACCAUCACAUAAGAUAGUUAAGUGAAAUUGAAUCUGCAUCCAUACUACGAUAAAUUGAAUUUGUAUAAUUUCAUUAAUAACUGGUACUCAGUCAAUAGACAAUCACAAACAUGGCUAAUAAAAUCUUUUCGGUUAUAUGUUUUUUUACUUUACUUGGAUGGGUUUCAGGAUAUGAUUCAAAUGACAAUAUUACAAAAACACUUGAUAUAAAUGAAAUGAGUAGGCAAAGCAGACAGGCUAUAUAUCCGUGCCAAUGUAAAGAAGGUAAAUGUACAUGUUGUAGCGGAAACUUAUUGCAAAAUAUUAACAUAAACUUGCAGCAAAAAUUAUGUGCUCAAAUAUCUUACGAUUCCGAAGAAUUUGAAUUUAAUGUGCGUUUGCUGUUUAAUGACUAUACGUUAUUUAAUCGAGUUGUAUCAGGAAGAAAUCCGAGACCUCUAUGUGUACCAAUAUUCCCAGUGUGGACUCGAAGUAGAGUUUGUUUAAAAUUUAGUGAUAUAUAUUUUAUUGGGCGUAAUAUACAUAUGUGUUUGGGCAUGGAAACACAAACAAAUCAAAGACCUACGUUUUCAGUUGAAUUUAAUUGUAUAAGAUUGGGUACAGAAGGUGUAGCGUUACUGAAACCAGAAGAAGGAGGAGGUUUACCUCCUCCCGCUCCAGAAGAAUUAGCUACAGAAAAUACUAUUUCAUCAACAAUCACAGCAAAACCAAAUUCAACAAAUACAAUGAAAAAGAAAAAAGAAGAACUUCAAAAAGUUACUCUAAUCUAAAUUUUUAAAAGUACAUAUUUACUAUAAAAAAAAUUUUAAUUACCAAAGACGUAUGGAUUUCUCAUUAAGUAAUUUUUCAACAAAAUUUACAUUUUCUUCUUUAUUUUUCUUUUUAUUAGCCUAUAUAAUAUAUAGGCUAAUAUAGUAUAUAUAUAUAUAUAUUUAUUUAUUUAAUUUCGAUUUAUUGGGCUUGGUACUAGGAACAUUUUUCUAUAACUCAAUUGAUUAUUAAUACUUCGUUUAUAGCACGUUAAUGAUUCAUAUAUUCAAUUAAUUUUUUUUAUCAAAAUUAAACUACUUAUUUAAAAUCUAACCAUAAUUCUUUUUCAUUUUUUUAUAUAAAUAUUUUACUUUGAAGUUGAGAAUAAUUAUUUACUAAUUUAAUAUUUUUUUUAUCCUACUUAAAUAGAACUUUGGUAAUAAAGUUAAACGCCAAUUAAAAACAAAAGUACUUUAACUGUUAUUAUAUUUAUGAACUAUGUGCAGUAGUUGAAGUGGGAAUAUGUGAAAGAAUGGUACCCCUCUACUUUUUUUAAUUUACAUUUUUCAUUCCUCUAUUUAUUUUGUCCAAAUUAAUUUACCCUCCUUAAUAUUUUACAAUGUGCUUUAAGUUUAUGGAUUUAUAUUGGUGUUUUAAACAAUAAAGGGUAACCCUCUAAUUAUUUCACUUCGACUACUGAAUAUGUGUUAUAUACUAUUAUUUUAUUUUA